AUGACCAAGCGCACGAAGAAGGUCGGAGUUACCGGCAAGUACGGUGUUCGUUAUGGUGCUUCCCUGCGUAAGCAGGUCAAGAAGAUGGAAAUCAGCCAGCACGCCAAGUACACCUGCACUUUCUGCGGCAAGGUCACCGUCCGCCGCCAGUCUACCGGCAUCUGGAACUGCCGCUCUUGCAAGCGCACCAUGGCCGGUGGUGCUUACACCGUUGCGUACGUCUUUACUCUACCACGAACCCACGACGACAAAAUCACCCGAAUACAAUUGAAGAUGGAGGAACCGAAUGAAGAAAUAAAAACUAACAUUUUCUGCCACAGCACCCCUGCCGCGGCCGCUAUGCGCUCGACUCUUCGUCGUCUGAGAGAGAUUGCUGAGGUUUAA